AUGCUUUAUCGGGACUCAGCUUUAAGAUGGACUGAAAAAGGUCAGAGGAAAGGGAAAACAAUUGGAAUGUGGAUAGUUCAUGUGAGGCCGAUUCAAAAAUGCUUGCAAAGAUGCACCCUCCAGUCGGACAUUCGAGGCGUCCAGCAGGUCGUUCAGGUUUCCAUCGAUGCCGGUGAUCGGGCGAAACGAGUCUGUCUCGGCGACAAGUUUCAUCUCGGCCUCAGUCUCCUCGCCAGUCUGACCCUUUGA